AUGCCUAUGGACUCCUCUCAGUGGAUCGAUGUUACAACCGAGAAAAACCACUAUUCUCUCGACCAUUUCGUGAUUCCUACUCACUACGAACAAGAUGUUUCCUCCAUCUUGAUCCCUCAUGGUGUCAUUAUGGACAGAGUCAACAAGUUGGCCCGUCUGAUUGUUGAAGAAGCUACUGGACCUUUAGUUGUCUGCUGUAUCUUGAAGGGUGGUCAUCAAUACUUUGCUGAUCUCGUCAAUGCUGUAAAGAAGUUGACUAACAAGGAUGGUAAGACAAUUCCUUUGAGUUUGGAAUUCAUUCGCGUAAAGUCAUACAAGAACGAUAAAUCAGAGGGUGUUACCAUGUCUAUCACUGAUGAGGAGUGCAAUGAAUUCAAAGGAAAGAACCUUUUGAUUGUCGAAGAUAUCAUUGAUACGGGUGCCACCAUGGUCCAAUUGUUGAAGAAAUUAAAAACCUUCUCUCCCAAAUCUGUCAAGGUGACCAGUUUGUUGGUCAAGAAGACACCUAAAAGCAACGGCUAUAUUCCUGAUUACGUCGGUUUCUCCAUCCCUGAUGAAUUUGUCGUAGGUUAUGCUUUGGAUUACAACGAAUACUUCCGUGAUUUGGAUCAUAUUUGUGUCAUUAGUGAACAUGGCAAGAAGGCAUAUGCUGUUUAA